CGCGCAUGCGCGCUUCCCCCCUCCCCCCCUCCGCCCAGCGGGCAGGCUGUCCGGAGGCGCGGCGCCACUCCCGCUGCGGGACGCCGGCGGCCGCCAUGGAGGUAUCGCUGCCGUGACCUUGUGAAGUGAUUGCGAGGGAGUAACGCCAGCAGCAGCAGUGACAGCCGGCUCCUGGCUUCAGGACAUGUGUGACAGCCAAGCAUCAGCCCGUUCCCCUGACAGCGCUGGUGCUGAUGAACACUGCACAAUUUGCUUGGAAAGCCUGGCACCUGUUCUGGUAACUUUGAAGGUGUACUCAUUGGCUUUCAUCGCACAAAGCUGCUCCCUAUGCCUCCCAGAUGCUGGAUGGAAGCGGGGCAGAACACAGCUGUGGAGCUGAAUCCCUUCCACUGCACUCCUGAAGAGAUGGUCAGCAGUCAGCCUCUUGCCAUAGCAGACAGUGGGAAAAGGAAAAAAAAGAAAAGGACCAGAGCCACAGAUCAUGUCCCUGGGAAAUUUGAAGAUUUGUACAAGCUGACUGCUGAGCUUCUUGGUGAGGGAGCUUAUGCCAAAGUUCAGGGUGCUGUCAGCCUCCAGACUGGGAAAGAAUAUGCAGUAAAAAUCAUUGAAAAAAAUGCUGGCCACAGUCGAAGUCGGGUUUUCCGUGAAAUAGAAACACUGUAUCAGUGUCAGGGUAAUAAGAACAUUUUGGAAUUAAUAGAGUUUUUUGAAGAUGACACAAGAUACUACCUUGUCUUUGAGAAGCUGCGAGGAGGUUCAAUCCUGGCCCAUAUCCAAAAGAGGAAGCAUUUCAAUGAACGAGAAGCUAGCAAAGUGGUGAGAGAUAUCGCCUCAGCUCUGAAUUUUCUUCAUACAAAAGGAAUCGCUCACCGGGACCUGAAGCCUGAAAACAUCCUGUGUGAAUCUCCAGAAAAGGUCUCUCCAGUAAAAAUAUGUGACUUUGAUCUUGGUAGUGGGGUGAAGCUGAACAGUGCAUGUACUCCCAUAACUACUCCAGAGUUAACAACACCGUGUGGGUCAGCAGAAUACAUGGCACCUGAAGUAGUUGAAGUCUUCACAGAUGAGGCCACGUUCUACGAUAAACGGUGUGAUCUUUGGAGCCUAGGAGUGAUCCUGUACAUCAUGCUCAGUGGUUACCCUCCUUUUGUGGGCAACUGUGGCACAGACUGUGGCUGGGACAGAGGAGAAGUCUGCAGAAUUUGCCAGAACAAGCUUUUUGAAAGCAUUCAGGAAGGCAAAUAUGAAUUUCCUGACAAGGAUUGGUCACAUAUAUCCUCUGAGGCCAAAGAUCUCAUCUCAAAGUUGCUGGUUCGUGAUGCUAAAGAACGACUUAGUGCUGCUCAAGUUUUGCAACAUUCAUGGGUUCAAGGACAGGCUCCUGAAAGGGGACUACCUACUCCUCAAGUACUUCAAAGGAACAGCAGCACAAAAGACCUGACGCUUUUUGCAGCUGAGGCUAUCGCCCUUAACCGCCAGUUGUCUCAGCACGAGAACGAGCUCAGCGCAGAGCACGAGAGUGCUGCCCGUGCUGUGUGCUCCAUGAAGCUUUCUCCUCCAUCCAAAUCCCGGCUUGCCAAGCGCAGAGCAAUGACACAUGCCACCAAAAACAGUGACUUUCAGCCAGUCCCCCAUAAAGCCUUUUAAACUUCUUUCCUGCUACGGAUCGGCAAGAUCAGCCUGUUUUAUUAUGUGGAUUUUCUGUACUGAUGAAAGCUUCUCUGCUUCUUACUCUCUGAAUAGAAGCUUGGUCUUGGGAUGUGCUUCUUAACUUCAAGGGGGUAGCUUUUAUGUUUUGAAUGUUUUUGCCUGUCAGAUUUGGUGCAUUAAGAUAAUUUAACUGAUGUUUUUAAACUAUAGAAGAUGGUUUUGCUGCUGUAUUAUCUGAGGUGAUACAUCACAAAGCUUUCAUGUUUUCUUCUUGGAAGAGCACAUUUUAAAAUUCAAGCUUGAAAACAUUGGAAAAAAAUACUUUCUUGCUUUGCCUGGCAGAGCAUAAAGUUUACAUAUCUCUUUGCUCUCUUUGGUGGCAAAUCCUUCAAGGUGCUGCUGCUACUGUCAGCAGCAGGGACUGUUUUCAACCAACAGUGCCCAUCUCUCUUUUUGUAGACUCAGGAAACAGAGGUGAUGACUGGGGGUGGAUCUUUGUCUCCACUGCCUUCACCGGGCGUAAAUGUUUUGUGGACAAUAUUGUAGAGGUGUAAGAAGGUCACAAGCUUGCAGAGAUGAUGAGGACUGUUUUGUUUUUUUUUUAAUUAUCCUUGUGGAUUGUUUGUGUGUCAGCAUGAGGGACAAAAUCUGGAAGUGUUAUUUCUUUUCCUGACACCUUGUUCUCAACCACGUUGUACUGUAUAUUUUACCAGUUCUUUUUGUCCAUUGUCCCCUUCUCUUACAGUUAUGCUCUUAAGUCUGAUAACCACAUUAUUACAUAUGAUUAUGCUUCGUAUCUGCUUUGUUAUGUAUAUUAAUGCUACUGUCCGUUAUACCUUCCUUUCAUGAAACUCAUGUUCUUCCAAAUCCAUUGGUGAGCAUUACCUGCAGUUCUUAAUGGACAGGAUUGAGUAAAUUUUGGUACAUGAAUAAUUUAGGAUUGUAAAAUCCAGAGGUACAUCUGUUCAAAAACAGUACUGCAGCUGCACUCAUGUAGUGAUCUCAGGCUGAGGGACUAGAUUCCAAGUUCCAGUUUUAGUACUGAGAUGCACCAGGGAUCAGAUGUAAUUUGGAAGGAUACUGGCUGAAAAGCUGAAGAUUUUGAGUGACCAAGUUGAGGUGUCUGUUGAGAUGGAUGCAACUGUUGAGCACUUUCUAAAACAUAAGCUGUGAAAAUCGGGCUGAGAUGCCCAACAUGAAGCACCUUAACCUUGCCAGCCAUUUGUGAAAGCGUUUGCUGGGGCGUUGUGCACAGGCUGAGGAGGGUAGAAGGGGGGUCCCCCAAUGCAGGCAUUAAACCCUCCCAAGCAGAAUGAGGAGUACAGUAGCUGAUCCAACAAGUGCUUGGAAUUUGAGUAGUCAAAGCUGAAUGUCUUUGUAUGUCCUAUUAGAGCAGUUUUACACUCUUUUAUCAGUGUGCAUACAGCUAUUUUUAUACAACAUGCUGUAUUUUGUGACUAAUAUUAAAGUUCUAUUUAAAAGGUUUUAUACAUUGUGACAGUGAUUAUGAAAUGUGUUUUGCUUUGUUUUUAUUAAAGCAUUUUAAGCUAUGGACUUAACACA